GUCACUCAUGGCACCUGCAUAAACAAUAAUGGCGGCCCAUGUGAAGAAGAAAUAGAAAAUCUCAAAAAUUGUCUCCUUUUGAGAAACCUUUCCUAUAUUUACAAGUGAUUUUUUUAAACAUUCACGAUGUCUGAUCUUACAAAAAUUGGAAGUAGUUUAGAUUCUGCAAAGUCCAGAAAACGCCGUCCACGUUUUGCAAAUGUCAAUGAAAAGAAAAUUGCUGAUGAUGAAUUUAUGGCAGCUGCAAUUGGCGAUGUAGAAUGGCUGAAACAAAGCUUACGUGAAGCCAAGGGGCAAAUCAACUUUGACAAAAAUGGUCUUUCAGCUUUACAUUUAGCAGCCAUCCAUGGUAGAUUGGAAUGCUUAAAGCUACUGAUUGAGAAGUACAAAUAUAAUAUAAACUUGCCAAGUACAACUGGCUGGAGAGCAGUUCACCUGAGCAUAAGUAAUCAGACGGGAAAGAGGGCCUUGGAAUGUUUGAAGUACCUGGUGGACAAAAAAGCUAAUCCAUCUGUUGUUAACAAUGAUGGAAUUACACCAGUGCACCAAGCAGCUUCAGAAGGUCAUGUUCAGUGUUUGAAAUUAUUGAUUGAGGUUGAGGCCCAGAUUGAUGGAAAAGACUGCCGUGGUCAUACUCCACUGGAUCUGGCCAAAUUAUGGGGACAUAAAAAAUGUGCAAGAAUUCUGGCAGCAGAGCUGUGGCACCAGGACAAAGAUGGUGUUGCUAAAGAGAUGGGUCAGCUUAAACAAUUGAAAAUGCAGCAAGUGUUGAAAGAACUAGAAGAAGCUGAAGACUUGCAAAAGGCACAAGAAUUCUAUGGUGAGAAAUCAUACCAGGAUUGGCUAAAGAAGAAAAAUAUACCUGAUCCCAGAACGAAAGAUGAAAUGGAGAAGACAAAGGGUAAAAGGGAACCAUUACAAAAAUCAAAUAGCAAAGCACCACCUCAAGACCAAGUAUAUUCUAGAGAUAAAGAUACAGACAGUAAGAUACAUGUGUCAUUUGAAAAUGCAAGUACCCCAACACCUGGCUCCAAAUACAUAAGAGGGUUUUCAUUCCGUAGCUCAGAGGAGGCAUCAAAGUCUGAGGAGAAGGAAAAUUUAGAAAAGAAACCAAGAGCUAGAACAGCUGUAGAACAUCCAUAUGACUGGAGACUGGCAUUACAUCCUCCUAAACCAGGCUACAUUACAAACCUUACAGAUGAGUAUCCACGAGAUAUGUAUACUAUGAUGCCAAAGAAUAAAUCUGCUUCAAUGUAUUAUGAUGGGAAAUUUGCACCGAAAGUUAAUGUCAUAGAUGAAAACUCCAAACAUAGAAAGUUGAAAUCCAUGAAGAUCCAGAAACCAAAUCUACCGGAUGAAGUUAUUGAUAGAUACCUGUCAAACGAUCCAACAAGACAAGACAGACCAAUGGUGUUCAAAUCUCGACAUAUUUCAGAUGUAAACAAAAAGAAGAAAUAUGAAGAUAAUGUCAAAGGAAAAGAUGAAGUAACCUUACACCUUUGUGAUGACUUUUCUUCCUUUAUGUACAGAAAUGCCCUUCUGAGGUCAAAUACAAUUGAUGUGAUUGGUAAACAAGAAUCAGAUGACUGGCAGAGCAAGGCCUAUCCAACAAAGGAUGUUCUUAACACACUGAAAAUUUUAAGAAGACCUACUCACUUCCCUAAUAUAAAAGGGGAGGAAUAUGUACUAGGAAUUUACUAAAUAAUUAAAUUUAAAGAGGACUAAUUGUUUGGAACUGCUAAAGCAUUUUAAACUUUCUUUGUUUUGAAAUGGGACAAAGCAUCAACAGAAAUUAGUUAUAGUUUUUUCUCAAUAUUUCAAUCAUUCAAUGGAAUACUUAUGAAUAAUGAAAAUAAUGACUUAUAUUACUAAGGCAUUAAAAGGGGUUGAAUCAUAAAAACAUAAAGAAAGCAACAAAUUUUAAAUAUACAUAUAGUAAAUUAUUGUUUACCAAAUGCAUGUCUCUCCUAACAUUUUUGUAAAGUCUUCUCUGUGAGUUUACAGGCAAAUGUUUUUCAGAUCAAUUUUUGUAAUUUAAUUUGCUAUCAAUGCAUAAUUUUUUUUUAAUUUUUCUUUAAAAAAAAUUCUUUUUCUAUUGCUUAAACACACAAAACUGACUUUAAUAUAUAAAGACUAAUUCUAUGAUUAACAUUUUUGUAAAGAUCUUAAAUAUCUUGAAUAAAAAUUAAAUUAAGAAUUUCUCAUAUUGUUGUGCAAGGAUUUUCACAAGUUUUUGAUUUUUUCGGUGAAAAUUCCGCAUAUCUGUAGUAGGCAGAUUUUAGAAUAUGUAGAAUCACAUUGAGUAAACAACCUUUCCAGCACAAUGUUAAAUGAGUAUAUAUCCUCCAAAAGAAAAGGUACAUUGUAUAAUCAUGAAGUACUUACAAACGUAUGCCUGGUGUUUCAUUUAUAAAGUUUUCACAGUAAUCACCAUGAUUCAUAUAUUAACUUUAUACUACCUUUUUAUACUGUCUGCCUUUCAUAUGUUCUUAAAAUGAUUGUAAUACUCUUUAUCCUAGUCUAAAUGUAUGUUCAUGCAUUCCCCAAUCUGUUUCUUAUAUAUUAUGUCCAAGUUGUAUUUAAAAAGUGGUAGAAUUGUUUGUUUAGGUUGUUGACUGUUUUCACAAUUAUGCUCUACAUUGUAAAAUUUGAUGUUACAGAAUACUUUUUUUUAUAUUUAAUAUUACAUCAUUUUUAAGUUAAAUGUAUUUUUUUAUUUUCUGAUUGUGUUUUUUUUUGUGGUGGGGUGGGGGGAAUUCUGAAGAGGCAUUUACAUUUCUUACGGCAGGUUAAAUACUACAGUUUAUGUUCAGAGUGAUUUCAGCUUAGUAAAUAUGUAAGGGAUUUUAUAAAUGCAAAUGAAUGUUUUUGGUUAAUAGCUGAACAGUUAAAAUUGUUUUUUUCUGUCAUUACAGUUUUUGUGCUAAUUAUAUUACAAAUUGCAUGCUUUAAUUAAGCUAGUGGUUUUGAGCUUUCAAGAUUAUUUUUAAAUCAUAAAGGAUGAUGUUUUUUUUAAAAUCUUUUUGAGAUACUAAUUAUUUUUCUAAUUAUGAUCUGUAAUUAACUUUAAGAAUUGAUUUUGAUUCUACAGAAAGAUUUAUAAUAUACUUUUUUAUUGUUGUGUUUGAUAUAGAAUAUUAUACAAUGAUUUAUUGUGGUUUAAUUUUUAGGCAUUGUUUUAAAGCAAUAAUGAAGAAUAUUGUGCACGAUUAAAUUAUUAUUGCAACAUAAAAUGCUACAAUAAUACUGCUAAUAAGAUUGUGUACUGCUUGAUUUCAAGGGAUUAAAAUUGUUAUGUAUAAUUUUGCAAUGCACCUGUUUGUUUCAAAAAUCAAAAUAAAUAAGAUAUUUCUCCAUAA